AGAAGCGCCGAAAGACGGCGUCAGGUGCAGCUCUUGGAGUGGGGGGCAGCGUCGAGGCAGGCAACUAUUACUCGGAGUCGGAGUUGGGUGGUGGUAUGGACGAAUUGCAUACUCCUGGCGCGCGUCCUUUCAUAGCGAAGUCCAAGGAACUGCACUACGCGCAGGCCUCCAAGAUCGAGGAGGAGGGCUUCCGGAGAGCGCAGGAGAGUGUGUGGCACCUCAAGCGGAUCAAGCUCCCAAAACCAAAGGCUGGUGAACCACCCCCCCGUCCCAUUCCGGACGAUCCGAAGGGGUGGGUGCUCGAGGGACUACCCCGUGCGAAGUCAUCCGACCCGUACAAGAGGCGGCACGAACACCCCGGCGGCGACAAGUUCAGCCUAUCGGACCAGCUGAAGGCGAGUCUACUGAAGGUCGACAAACAAGGGUUAGCCGUUUUGCGUUCUUUCGUCAACGGGAAGGGUCGGGGUCUCCCCUUCAUGUUCUUUGAGAAGACUUUCCCGACGGAGGCACAGGACGUCGUCCUGAGGGAGACGAACCGGUACGUCAACUUCUGCGCCGACGAGUCUGACCCGCCCCUGGAACACCAGGAACCUCGACAUCGGGCGAAGAAGGUGACGCGGAGAUUUGAGACGGUGCCGUACACGGAUCUGGCCGAUGGAUCUCGAGAGUACGCCUUCGAGCGCAAGCACCUGUCUAAGCGGCGGAUCACCGACCACUGGCGGGUGGAACUCCAUGAUAACUACCCCCUGGUCCGGGCUUGCAUGCCUCGAGACCUGGUUGUCCUGUUCUACGGCCGCUUCUUCCACUUGGCCCCGGCCACCGGCAAGCCCAACAAGACUGAUCCUCAAUACGACUGCAAACACCACAUCAGGGAGCUCGAGGACGUGCUGAACAAGUGCUGGAGCGAGCUUGUGGACCCCGGGGCAUGGCUAUCGUACGACGAGCAGAUGGUGAAAAGCACGGCGAGAGUGAUNAACAAGGAGCUCGAGGACGUGUUGAACAAGUGCUGGAGCGAGCUUGUGGACCCCGGCGCAUGGCUAUCGUACGACGAGCAGAUGGUGAAAAGCACGGCGAGAGUGAUGUUUGCGCUGAUGAGGUUCAACAAGUCGAAGCCUAUCAAGCUCGGUGAGGUGGAAAGUGAAUACCCGAGUAGAUCCGGGAGGUCGGGUGGGGAGGGGAGUGUACUCACUCAUAGUCUUGCACGCAGUAGUCGUUAGACCAUUGACCUCGCAUCCCUGCAAAGCCGGGACGGAGCACGCCGGGUUCUCACCGGACCAGGCUCUCACAUCACCAAGCGCGAAGCGCCGUGAGGUACAAUGUGCUUUGUUAUUGUCUCUGGAAGAAGAGGUGAAGUACNCCCCGAUAAUCAGGGAUACUCUUAUCUCUUGUCGCUUCCUGUUUUUUUCGUCGACCAUGAGGGUGGUCGAGUAGAACAUGUGCGGAGUCGCAUACCCUCACUCCGUGCAAAGACCGCCAUGUGUGAAGUUGGUCGAGCACCUUGGAGGCAGGUACAAUGUGCUUUGUUAUUGUCUCUGGAAGAAGAGGUGAAGUACCAGAAGAGCAGCACAAGAUGCCGUACACGAAACAAUAAAUAUUUAAUUUUGCAGGUCCCUGGGUAGUCAGGCCUUGAAUUGCACCGCUCGUGUCGACUUUGAAAUCUUGUAUGCAAACAGUGAAGGAGCAUUGG